CGAUUACAUAAUGCGCUGAAAAUUUUUGGUGGACUAUAAAAAAAAGAAUAGUCAUAGUUGUAACAGGUGAUCCCCAGAUAGUACAAAUCAUCAGAAAUCAUGUCUGCUGAAGGUGUUGAAAAAUUGACCAUUGACGAAAGUAAAGUGGCUCCAGUAGCUGCUGCUGUAGAGGCUUCUGGUUCUACUGAAAGUUCAAAUGAACCAGUAAUUCUCGGAGAAGAUGGCCAACCAUUAUCCAAGAAGGCCUUGAAGAAAUUACAAAAGGAAAAGGAAAAGGCUGAAAAGAAAGCUGAAAGACAAAGACAAUUGGAACAAGAAAAGGCUGAAAAGGAAGCUGCUGCUGGUGAAGAUCCAGCCAAGGAAAAAUAUGGUAAGUAUCCAUUAAUUAAUUCUGCCUUUAAGAAUAAUGAAAAGAGAGUUGAAAUUAAGGACUUAUCCGCAGCUAAUGAUGGAGAAAAAGUUAUCUUUAGAGCUAGAGUUCAUAAUACCAGACAACAAGGUGCUACUAUGUUGUUUUUAACUUUAAGACAACAAUCCAAUUUAAUUCAAGCUUUAUUAAGAGCCAAUAAAGAUACUGAUGAAAAGGCUAUUUCUAAACAAAUGGUUAAAUGGGCCUCAUCUAUUAAUUUAGAAUCUAUUGUCGUAGUUUAUGGUACUGUUCGUAAAGUUGAUGAAUUAAUUAAAUCAUCUACCAUUCAAGAUGUUGAAAUUCAUGUUGAUAAAAUUCAUACUGUUCAUGAAACUCCAGAACAAUUACCAUUAUUAAUUGAAGAUGCUUCUAGAUCUGAUGCUGAAGCUGAAGCUCUUAAACUUCCAAUUGUUAAUUUAGAUACUAGAUUAGAUGCUAGAGUUAUUGAUUUAAGAACUCCAACAAAUCAAGCUAUCUUCAAGAUUCAAUCUGGAGUUUGUUUAUUAUUUAGAGAAUUCUUAACCAAGAAAGGAUUCACUGAAGUUCAUACUCCAAAAAUUAUUGGUGCUGCAUCUGAAGGUGGUGCUAAUGUCUUUGAAAUUAAUUAUUUUAAAGGUUCUGCUUUCUUAGCUCAAUCCCCUCAAUUUUAUAAAGAACAAUUAAUUGCUGCUGAUUUCGAAAAAGUUUUCGAAAUUGCUCCUGUUUUCAGAGCUGAAAAUUCAAAUACUCAUCGUCAUAUGACUGAAUUCACUGGUUUAGAUUUAGAAAUGGCAUUUGAAGAACAUUAUGAUGAAGUUCUUGAUGUCUUAAUGGAAUUAUUCGUUUUUAUCUUUACUGAAUUGAAAAACAGAUAUGGUAAAGAAAUUGCUACUGUUAGAAAACAAUUCCCAGUUGAAGAAUUUAAAAUUCCUCAUGAUGGUAAAAUGGUUAGACUUCACUUUAAAGAAGGUAUUGCUAUGUUAAGAGCUGCUGGAAAGGAAGUUGAUGAUUUUGAAGAUUUAUCUACUGAAAAUGAAAAAUUAUUAGGUAAAUUGGUUAGAGAUAAAUAUGAUACUGAUUUCUAUAUCUUAGAUAAAUUCCCAUUGGCUGUUAGACCAUUCUAUACCAUGCCAGAUCCUGAAGAUCCAAGAUAUUCUAAUUCUUAUGAUUUCUUUAUGAGAGGUGAAGAAAUUUUAUCAGGAGCUCAACGUGUUCAUGAUCCAGAAUUAUUAAGAGAAAGAUUAGCUGCUCAUGAAGUUGACUGGCAUGUUCCAGGUUUACAAGAAUAUGUUGAUGCUUUUACUUAUGGAUGUCCACCUCAUGCUGGUGGAGGUAUUGGAUUAGAAAGAGUUGUUAUGUUUUUCUUAGACUUGAAGAAUAUCCGUAGAGCUUCGUUAUUCCCAAGAGAUCCAAGACGUUUAAGACCAUAGAGAUCUCAAUAUGAUGUAAAUAAAUAAUAAAUAAUAAAUAUACUUAAUAAACAUAUAGCCUAUUAUAUAAUAA